AUGGAGGACUUCAAUAAUUGGAUCCAUCAGGGUGGUUUGGUUGAAAUGAGAUCAAAAGGUAAUAAUUAUUCCUGGUGUAAUGGGCAGUCUGGCCUUGCUCGAUCUUGGGCAAAAUUAGAUCGGGUUUUCAUGGAUGUUCCUUUGUUCUCUUCUUUCCUGAAUGCUAUUUGCUCAUAUCUUCCGCGCACUACAUCUGAUCACUCUCCUAUGGUUAUUGAAUUCAAGAUGGAUCCUUUCUCUUAUGGCCCCUCGCCUUUCCGUUUCCAACAAAUGUGGGUGGACCAUCCGCAGUUUUUAUAUUGUAUUCGCCAGGUGUGGUCUGAGACUGUCGUUGGCCAGGGUCUUUCUAAAUUGGCUAUGAAAUUGAAAAAGACUAAGGUGGCUCUGCGGGAAUGGAACAAACAUAUUUUUGGUCAUACCACCAAGCAUAUUAAUGCGCUUGAAAGACACAUUGAAGAGCUUGAUCAUAAACUUCAUAUCAACUGGGAUGAAGCUACGGAAAGGGACCUCCUUAUCUCGGCUGCGGAAUUAGAUAUUUGGAUUCGACGGGAAGAUACCAGAUUGAGUCAGAUGGCUAAAAUAAAAUGGCAAAUGGAGGGGGAUCGGAACACUAAGUUUUUUCAUGCGUGCCUAGCCAACAAACGGCGUAAAAGGGUGAUGGAUAUGAGAUGUUCGAAUGAUGCUGAUAGCAAUAUUCUGUGCUCUGUUCCUACACUGAAUGAGGUUUUCUCAGCUCUUUCUUCUAUCCCGUCUAAUAGUGCUCCGGGUCCUGAUGGUUUUGGCCUAUAA